AUGGAAUCCAUUAGUGAACUUGUUGAACGGUUUCAAUUUGAAAAGGUUUUAAACUCAAAUCCUCAGUCAAAGUCAAUUGUUCUCCUAGGUAAAAUUGACGAUAAGCAUGCCAUCAUCACGGCAGAGAAAACUCAUUUCAGUGUAAACUCAAGUACAAAUGAAUACUCAAACGAUUACGAAAAGCUGAAGCAGACGACAAAGAAUGACAUUUACUAUUGGGGCACAGCUCUCUUGAAACAAGAUUUGGAAAGCAAUCCUAGUGCAAAGAUUAACGUAAUAUGGCCCGCAACAGAUAUCCAUAUCAAGAAAUAUUCUCAACAGACAAUGCAUUUGGUGAGGGAAACUCCUGACGUUUAUAACAGGAUUGUCAAGCCGUAUAUUGAUGAAAUGUACGAGCAACGUCGCUUGAAAUGGGUGCAUAACAUCCUAUAUGAGAACGCAGAAGCAGAUCGUGUAGUAUAUAAAGAUCUUAUUGAAGAGAACAAAGAAGGCGGUUUUGUUGUUUUACCUGAUAUGAAAUGGGAUGGCAUAAAUAUCGAUUCCUUGUACCUCGUAGCCAUAGUGUACAGGGACGACAUCAAAUCGAUUAGAGAUCUUAACCCAUCCCACAAGAACUGGUUAAUUACAUUAAACAACAAGAUUAAGACAUUUGUUCCGGCAUGCUAUAAUUUUGCGUUAAGACCCGACGAAUUGAAUAUAUUUGUCCAUUAUCAGCCUUCCUACUACCACUUUCAUAUCCAUAUUGUGAACAUCAGACAUCCUGGCUUAGGACUAGGUAUGUCAGCUGGAAAGGCUGUUCUCCUUGAUGACAUUAUCGAAAAUUUGAAUUAUUUGGGUCCGCAGGGAUUCAUGAAUAAAACAUUGAGUUAUAUAAUUGGCACUAACCAUGAUCUGUGGGCCAGAGGCCUUAAAGAUGAAGUUGCAAGACAAUUGCAGGCAGAAGACAUCCCAAGAAGUCGGUCAUCGACAUAA